GCCAGCCCCUAUGUCCCCUGUCCCCUAUGGAUUAGGGUUUCUGUCCCCAGCCCUGUUCCCUGUGGAUUGGGGCUCCUGUCCCAGCCCUGUCCCCAGCCCUGUCCCCCCUGUCCCCAGUGGAUCGGGGCUCCUGUCCCAGCCCUGUCCCCAGCCGGUGUCCCCUGUCCCCAGUGGAUCAGGGCUCCUGUCCCAGCCCGAUGCCAGCCCCGUGUCCCCAGUGGAUCGGGGCUCCUGUCCCAGCCCUGUCCCCAGCCCCGUGUCCCCUGUGGAUCGGGGCUCCUGUCCCAGCCCGAUGCCAGCCCCGUGUCCCCAGUGGAUCGGGGCUCCUGUCCCAGCCCGAUGCCAGCCCCGUGUCCCCUGUGGAUCGGGGCUCCUGUCCCCAGCCCUGUCCCCCCUGUCCCCUGUGGAUCGGGGCUCCUGUCCCCAGCCCGGUGCCAGCCCCCUGUCCCCUGUGGAUCGGGGCUCCUGUCCCAGCCCGAUGCCAGCCCCCGUGUCCCCUGUGGAUCGGGGCUCCUGUCCCAGCCUGUCCCCAGCCCCGUGUCCCCUGUGCCCGGGCAGCCUCUCGGACCGUCCUUUGACACGCUGGCGGCUCUGGGCCAUCGUGGCGCUGUCGCUGCUGCGCCUGCUGGGGACGCGCCACCAUGCAGCGUACCUGGGGCUGGCCCAGCGCUGGGUGCGCGCAUGCGCAGGGAGGCGGGGGCGCAUCCCGGCCCGCGAGAUCCAGCAGAAGAUCUCCAGGAUUUACUGCUACGUGUCCGUGGUGAGCCUGCAGUACCUGGGGCCCGUGAUCCUCACGCUGCACUGCGCCCUGCUGCUCAAGACCCUGGGUCACCACUCCUGGGGGCUGUACCCCGAGUCCCCCGCCGUGUCCCCAGCAGCGCCGGUGGCCGCGCCACGGCCCGAGGGUGACGCGGGCGGGGACGUGCACGUGGUGGUGCAGGAGAUCUCGGGGGUCCUGGGCUGCAUCUUCACCCCCCCCUUCUUCCGAGGACUCUUCUCCUUCCUCACCUGGUGGGUGGCCGCCUGCCAGGUGGUCACCAGCCUCUUCGGCCUCUACUUCCACCAGUACCUGGCAGCGUCCUGACUGGGAGGGACUGGGAGGGACUGGGAGGGACUGGGUGCUGCCGGUCCCUCGCCGCUGCCUUGGCUGGGUGUCCCACUUUGAGGACACACGCGGGGACGUUGGUGCCACCAGGACGGGUUUUGUGCCACCGCUGUGCCUGCCCCUGGAGCUGCCUUUUCCUGGAGGGCAGCGGCUCCUGGCGUGCUGGGGACACCGUGGGGACCUCCAGGGGUGGCACGUGGAGCGGCCAGCAGAGAUUUCGGGGCGUUCUCAGCUGAGCCAGUGGGGUUUUUGUAGGGGGUUUUUGUAGGGUCUCUGCACCUCGGCGUCACCCCCCCGCGUGCUCCGUGUGACCCCUCAGGCCCAGCAGCCUCGAUGGCUGCUUCACAAUAAACAAGUGACACCAG